CCCUUUUUGGUUACUACAUGAUUCCAUGUGUGUUAUUUCAUAGUUUUUAUGUCUUUAUUAUUUAUCUACAAAGUAGCAAAUAGUAAAAAGAAAGAAAGAUCUUGGAAUGAUAGUUCUUCCACUAAAUUCAUUUUUGUACAUUUUUCAGUAGACAUUGUUUAAAGUAGCCCUUGUUCAGCAGGUUAUGUUGUUUGUUCAACUUUGAUUUAAAUUGUUUUUGUUUGGCAUAUAUUUUCUAAGUGAAAAAAACGGAGUCAAAGCGUAGUUCUGUUUCUGUGGAAUUGCCCCUCUGGAAAUGACUUUUUCUCUUCGCAUGAAACUGUGAGGUUGUAUCCUAACCUGUAAAUAAAUAUAAGCCUGACCAAGCCAAAUUCUAGCGCAUUCCAAGCUUCUCGUAGAUGGUGUUGAUUCAAAUCUGGUUGUUUUUCCCCAUACUAAAAGUGAACCCAUGGCUUUAUGGUUGGAUUAUCCUUGGUAAAAUAGAAGAGCAGACAAGCAAGGAGGACAAUGAUGUCUGUAUCCAGUUUCUUAAAGUCAGAGAACUUACAUGGAAGUUGGUUCUCUCCCCAACAUUCUUUCAGAUGCCUUUUCCUUGCUUCUCUCUCGUAGAUUUUUUUUUUUUAGAGAUCUUCUCUCUAUGUGUCCCACACAAUAUCGAUUACAUUACACUUUUUCAACUGGUGCUCUACCCAAGGCAGCAAGAGACUGCUGCCAUAUUUGCCUAAUGUGGAAACUUAGUCUGUAGGCUUAUUUAGGAAGUUACCUGUAGAUAAUGUCAUUGUUAAUUUGCUUAGAGUUUGUAUUUUAUAGACCAAUAAUGUAAGUCUAAGAAACAAUGUGAGACUGAAAAUAUAGCAUUAGUAGCUGUUCUAUAAGAUGCCCAAACAGAAAGAACAUCAACAUCACAUUUCUCUCUACAUUAGCAACAUUUCCUUCUGAUCCAAAAGAGACCUGGAUUGCUCUGGUUGGGAACACUAGACCUGGUAAGAGCUUGACAGCAUUCCAAAACCCAAACAUGACUGCUGAGUACUUUGUCUUAAUUUCACUGUACAAUACAGUGAUGGAAACUGAUUUGGGCUGUUCUACCUUUUUUAUUUGAUUUUUGUUACGGGUUACCACAAUUAUCAUUCCAGACAAGGAAUGGGCUAAAUUACAGCGUCAUUUGUGUGCUUGUCAGAACACUACUGUUAAUCUCCAUACGUUUAAUAUUUCUCCACUUCCCAGUUUUGUCGGUGCAACAACCAUAAGUCUGAUAUGCCUAGUUGUGUCUUUGAAAAUAAAUACAUGUGAUGAAGCAUUUUCAUCUCAGCUAUGUCCUCUGCAGUGUUGAUUAGUUGCUGAAUACAACUGACUUGUGAUGUUUUAAUUUCACCCAGUUCAUGGGCCUCCCAUGAACAGUGAACAGCUGAUUUUACAACAAAAACACUAUACAGCAACAACUUUCCCUUAUUAUCCAAGAGAGAACCGGAUUGUGCUGGUGGGGAAGACUGGAGCUGGGAAGAGUGCAGCAGGAAACACCAUCCUGGGGAAGAAAGUGUUAAAAUCACAUUCACAUUCCAACUCUGUGACUAAAGACUUUGAUAAGGAAAGAGAGAUGGUGUGUGGGCAACGUGUGGCUGUUAUUGACACCCCAGUGUUUGACACAAAGUUUACACAGGAGGAAGCAAUAGAAAAUAUCACAAUGUGCGUCAACCUCUCUUCUCCUGGUCCCCAUGUGUUCCUGAUUGUGAUCAAGCUGGGAAGAUUCACUGAAGAAGAGCAGAAAGCAGUGCAAAUGAUUCCACUCUUCAGUGCUGAAGCAUCAAAAUACACAAUUGUUCUCUUCACACAUGGAAACCUCCUUGAGGAUGUAACGAUUAAAGAAUUAGUGUCUGGAACACAAAAUGUAGUAAGCUUAGUUGACCAAUGCAAGGAGGGAUUUCAUGUCUCCAACAACAAAGAUAAGAGUCGCUCCCAGGUCACUGAGCUGCUUGAGAAGAUAAACAAGAUGGUGAAGAUGAAUGGAGGAAGCCACUACACCACGGAGAUGUUCCAGGAGGCUGAGAGAGCGAUUGAAGAGGAGAAGAACAGGAUCCUUGGAGAGAACAAAGAGAAGAGAAACAGAGAGGAUGAGAAACUGAAUAAUUUUUUUGAAGGAGAGGCUCUGGAGAAAGCAAGAAAGGAGCUGAGAGAAAAACAUGAAAGAGAGGCUCGAGAGAAAGCUGAAAGAAAUACAGCUGGGCGUUAUCUUGCUGUUGUAGGUUCUGCUGCUGCAGGUGGAGCUGCUAUUGGAGCUGCUAUUGCAUUACCAGUUGGUGCAGCAGUGGGUGCAAUAGUAGGAGGUGUAGCAGGAGCAAUAGAGGUGUUUUUGAAACCAAUGUUUGCUGUAUAUGAUACAAAAUAAUUUAUUUGACUUGACUGCUUAGAUAUUCAACGUAAUUGGACAUGGAUAUCAGUACAUCUUCUGACUUUUCGCUUAGUGUCUCUUCAUCUUGCCUGUUCCAGGGUUGACGGUCAAACAACUUCCACCAUCUGUAACUACUGCUGUAAACAGACUAAUUGACUUGAACAUGUUUUAAUAUGUUUAGAUCGAAUGAUCUAUGUGAAAUGGUAUUGGCCAGAGGGAAGUAAG